AUGAUUGCAAAAAUAUUCGUUACGGGAAUCACAGGCUACAUUGGGGGCCAGACCGUGGUCCAUUUACUUCGCAAACGCCCUGAUGUGAGCGUAACUGCGCUUGUUCGCAAUGAGAGACAAGCGGCUGCUGUCAAAGCCGUCUUGCCACAGGUCAACACCGUUAUCGGCCAUCUUGAUAGUGUGGAUAUCCUUGCACGUCUGAGCGCGGAAUCCGACAUUGUACUUCAAUGCGCCUCCGCAGAUCACCCUGUCGCUGUCGCAGCCAUUAUCAAAGGGAUUAAGUCCAAGCCCGGCGGGAGCGCCCCGGGCGUUCUCAUCCACACCUCCGGCACGGGUAUACUGUGUGACCCGGACCAGGAUUACGGUGCACCGCCCGACAGGGAAUAUGACGAUGUCGCUGAUAUUAAAAUCAUCACCAAAUUCCCGCUAAAACGGUCGCACCGGAACGUUGACAAGCUCGUGCUCGAGGCGUCCGCGGGCGAUGACCCAGGAGAUGGCCCCGUUCGAAUCCGCAGCGUCCAACUUCCGGAUCUAGCUAACGCCGCCCUUCGCCGGGGUGGGUCGCUGACUGUCAAUAAGGGGGAGAAUGAAUGGUGCAAUGUGCACGUUGCAGAUCUAGCCGACGCCUAUGUUCUUCUCGUUGAAGAAGCCCUGAAAGGGGGUGGAAGGGCAGACUGGAAUACAGAGGGGUACUACUUCGUUGAAAAUGGUCGCCAUGUUUGGAAGGAAUUAGCGAAGGCCGUUGCUGAGGAUGGUUUUAAAAAGGGGUACUUCAAAAGCGAAAAGGUGGAUAUCCUCUCCGUGGAGGAAACGCUGGAGGCGCAGUCAACCCCGCAUCCCGGACCAUAUAUUUGGGGCGUCAAUUCGCUGGGACAUGCGAGUCGCAUUAAGUCUCUGGGGUGGAAGGCUCAGAAACCAUCGAUAUGGGAGUACGUGUCGGAAGCUGUUGAUAUAGAAGCUCAUGCACUGGGGCUGCGUAAAUAG